UUUUAUUUAAAAAAAAUCAUGUAUGGCUAAAAUGUUCAAACAUCACUCUUCAUCUGUGGAGAUGGGGAGAAUUUCAACCCUCUAACCACUUUUGGUUUCACCAUUAAUAUUGUGUUAAAUAUACCAUCAAAUAUGUACAUUAUUACUCAUUAGAUAUACAAAGUGUGAAUAUAAGUUAAAUAAAAAACAAUAUGUUUAUUUAGUCUUUAUUUAUUUAAAAACUACUCAAUUAUUAAAAAAUAAUAUUGCAAACUUUAGGCCAACUGCAUAAAAGUAGUAUUUACAUCAUAUGUUGAAUGCCAAAACUUAAAGUUUGUUUUUAACAGUUAUAUUUAUUUAUACUAAUUUGCAGAAUUACUAUUUGCCCAUAUUUAUUUCAUUGUAUUUAAACAUUACCCUUCAUUAGGAAAGUACAAAUAAAACUAAAUGUUUGUAUCCUGUUAUUCAUAGCUUCAGUUCAUCUUUUCUAGUAUUUUUAAGUAUUUUCUAGUAAUCAUUAUUUUAAUUUUUCUUUACUGUAUGAAUAUUUGAUAAACCUAUAACCAUUUCUUCUAAAAACAUCAGUACUUUAAAUAUUUAAAAAUCAAAAUUAUUGAAGUAUGGCAAGCGUAUUUUUGUUAACAUUAUUCUUUUUCAUGAGUAUCUUGGAAUUAUCUAGUAUGAUAGGAUUUCCUAUGAAAAAAUUAUUAUUUGAUUUUAAAAAUAAUGAUAAUUUAGCUAACUGGCAGGAAUUAUCUGAUACUGUAAGAGAUGUAGGAAAAUCAAAAGCUGUAUUUGUUACCUAUAAUACCAAAAGUAAACAAUCUGCUCUACUUUUAACAAUGUUGAUGGUUCAAGAAAAUGGUGCAGGCUUUUGUGGUAUUCGUACUAUAACUCAGUUGAAUCUUGAGAAAUAUGAAAAAUUAUCAUUUACAUGUAUUCCAAAUGGAAAUGCUACACAUUACAAAGUCGUACUAAGACACAAUAAUGAAAAUGAUGAACCAUACCCUGCAUUUGAACAACAAUUUGAGGUUAAAUUGAAUUCUGAAAAUAAUAUUGAAUUACCACUAAUGAAAUUUAAACCAUAUUUUAGAGGAAAACUUGUAGAUAAUGUAACAUUAAAUACUUCAAGUAUUACUGCUUUUGGUUUUCAAGUUGCAGGAGGCGUCUAUGAGUCGUUUAAGCAAUCGGGUUUAUCUUCCUUGGAGUUGGACCAAAUAUGGGCGAUACUAAAAAGUUCUAAUACUAUAAUAAGCUAAUUUUGAUUACAAUGAUAUAAACUGUUGAAAAAUUAUAUUUUGUUUCAAAUUUUUAUCAAUGAUAGAAAUAACUCAGAAUUUUCGUUUUACUUUUUAGUAAUGUUCUUAGUUAUUUAUUUUCAAUUGUUUUAUUUUCUAAGUUUAUAUUCAUUAUAUUUAAAUAAGAGUUUUUGUCAUUAUGAUUUUUUUGAUGUACUCUAAUUUCUUUCUCUAAUAAUAUUGUAUAAAGUAAUAUUCCUUUAUGUUAUUUAAUUGAUUAUAAAGUCCAGUAUCUAUUAUUUUAAUAUCAAGAUUUAACAAAUAUAUAAAAAAAUUUUUGUUCUACUCAA